AUGGCAGAGCAGGGCAUUAAGUUUGUUUUUGCGCCCCCUUAUUCCCCUCACUUUAAUGGCAUGGCUGAAGCUGCCGUAAAGUCCACCAAGAACCAUCUAAGAAAGUUGCUAAGUCUCACUAACUUCACUUACGAAGAGCUGGCAACCUCCAUUGAGAUGGACAUUACAAACAAUACUGCUCUGAUUGAAGCCUUGUUACUAGAAGAGCUUCCGGACUGCGACGAAGAUUCUGAUGCAGGUGUAUCCGAAGAUGAAGUGGCAGAUCUUCAACUACCCUCACCAAGAGGCUUCGAUGAGAUUGUGUCCUACCCAACACUAGAUGUAUUGGAGUGCCCAAUAAAUCAGGUAUCCACAUCUCCAAUACCUGGAUCUAGUGUUCAGACUGAUCUACCGGUUGCAAAUACGUCUUCACACAGACCUAACCAGCGAUUGCCAGAACCAAAUCGUAAAUGGAAAAAGAGGGACCUAGAUACAAUUUUACCGGAAUAUCAUGCAGAUACUGGAGUAGUAGAAAACUGUUUUGCUCACUGCACCACACCAACUGAUAUAUUUUUAGUAUUGAUUGGAGGUAUUAUAGACAAUAUUGUAUAUCAAAGUAACCAUUAUGCUACUCAGAAAGGCAAGGUAUUGAAUCUGAAAAAGGAGGAACUCCUGACAUUCAUAGGUAUGAAUUUUUUUAUGGGUUACAACACUCGUCCGGCAUGGAGAGACCAUUACUCUUCGGCACCUGAUCUCAACAAUGCACUUAUUUGCAACACAAUGCCAAGAGACAGAUUUGCUUUUAUUUUAUCUCAUCUGCAUUGCAAUGAUAACUCUCAAAUGCCAAGAGACUGCAAAGAUAAGUUAUAUAAAAUCAGACCGAUGGUUGAUGCACUCAAUAAAACAUUUCAAGAGGUGUAUCAUGGUACUCGCGAGCUGAGUGUAGAUGAGUCAAUGGUUAAAUUUAAAGGUAGGUCUGUUUUGAAACAAUACCUACCUAUGAAGCCCAUAAAAAGGGGGUACAAGUUAUGGUGUCUUGCUGACCAGAGGGGUUAUAUAAAGAAGUUUCAAAUUUAUCAAGGAAAAGACGAAGAAAUGAACUCAAAAUUUAUCGGCUAUGGCUUGGGAGAGAAAGUAGUUUUAGAAUUGACGGAACAAAAUUGGGGUGAAGGGAAGGUAGUUUACUUUGAUAAUUUUUUCUCGUCUGUUGCUUUGCUUGAGAAAUUGAAAACAGAAAACACCUACGCAUGUGGAACUAUCCGAAGUAAUAGAAAAGGGCUGCCCGGAAAUAUGCUCGCUGAUUCUCAAAUGAAAAGGGGCGACAGUGAUCAUCGAUUUUCAAAUUUGGACAUUGGAUAUUGGAAAUGGAAGGAUAACAAAGUGGUUCAUUUAGUAUCUAACUUUCACGGGAACAAUGAGGCAACAGUGUCACGUAAAGAAAAAAAUGGAUCGAGAUCUACCAUUACAUGCCCGGUAGCUGUCAAAGAUUACAAUACUUAUAUGGGCGGCGUAGAUACAGCUGAUCGUUUGAGAGCUCUUUACUGUAUAGAUCGCAAAUCUCCAAAAUGGUGGCACAGAUUGUUUUGGGGUCUUCUAGACAUCGCAUUUGUCAAUUCGUAUGUUAUCCAUGGACUUAUAAUGGAACAAAUUCCCCUAAAAGAGUUUCGACGUUCUGUUACUCAAGGUCUGAUGACAAUGAAAGAUACUAAUCAGAAAAGAAAGACUUCUACUGAUAGUAUAACGAAAGGCGGCUCUUCCAAAAGGCGCAAGUCUGACUAUUCCACUAUAAAAGAUGUACGCUUGGGUAACAAAGGUAUCCACUGGCCUAAGUUUGUAGAAAACAGGGAAGGUGCGAGGUUUGUAGUAUGAAGAAGAUUCAAUCGAAACCUCAUAGCAAAUGUUCACAUUGUAACGUGUUUUUGUGUGUAAAUGAAAAGAAAAAUUGUUUUGUUGAAUAUCACGAGGUUAAUAUGUAGUUAAAAGUCUAUUAAUUUAAUUAUUACUAAGUAAACAUUGGAUCUCAUUACUGUUAUUGUUUCUAUCAAAGUUCCUAACAUUGUGAUAACACGAAGUUCCUGACGGUACUUUAAAGUCCAGGUCAUGGAAAUAGUACUUCUAGGUAUAAUAAAAAUCUAAAAAAAAUCUGUGCGUUUCCUUUUAUCUACCUUAUUAUAAUAAUAAAGUUCAAAAGCAGAAAUUCUUUAAAAACCGUUACCCCGGCAGGAAAGGGUUAACAAUAAAGCACACAUUAGCUUUUACCAUGGUUGAUGCAAAGGUUUGCAAUGCUGCGACACACAUAUAUGUGGACAGACAUCAAAGGACUUCAAUAACUUAAUUAAAAAAACAUAGAGAAUCCCGAUACUCUUAAAUUUGGGUUGUCGACAUUACAUGCCAGAAUUCGAUUUUUUGAAUCACUCCUUCAUUUAUCUUAUAAAAUACCUAUUAGAAAAUGGCAGGCAAGGACUCAAGAACAUAAAAAUAUAGUGGCAGAUAGGAAAAAGAAAAUUCAAGAGGCUUUUAAAGAGGAAAUGGGGUUACUAGUGGAUAUUCCGAAGGCAGGGUUUGGGAACACCAAUGAUGGGAACACAUCAAGGAGAUUUUUUCAAAUCCCGAAAUCUCUUCCCGAAUUACAGGGAUUGAUAUUAAUUUAAUAAAAAAAUGCAGUGUCUUAUUAGAAACAUUGUCAAGUGGAUUGAAAAUUGAUACG